AUGGCGAAGCGAGUCAAUUUUGUACCCCACAACACGCUCUGGAUAACGACACUUCUCGAGAAAACAUAUCCUGUUCCUCCUCUAUCAACAAUCCCAUCUGGAACGCCUGGCAUUACUGUAGUGCCCUGUUACCCUUUUCAGUGCAUUGUUGCUCCUGAUGCGUGCGAUCGAUUCUGUGGAGAUUUGAGAUAG